AUGGUGUCAGGGCCUGGGAGGUGUCCCGGGCGUGCCGGCGGGGUGGUCCCGUACCUGGUGUCCGCCUGCCUGCUGUCUCUGCUGCUCUACCUGCCGGGGGCCCGGGGGUCUUACAACCCUCAGAGCGGGGAGUGUAAGGGCAAAGGAAGAGACUGCACAGAUCUGUCGGAGAAGAAGAGCGACCUGAGGGUGUGCGACGACUCCACCUGUCGAUACGGAGGCGUCUGCAGGGACGACGGCGCUCAGCUCAAAUGCGUCUGCCAGUUCCAGUGCCACAAACACUACGUCCCAGUGUGCGGCUCGAACGGAGACACCUACCAGAACGAGUGCUACAGGCGACAGGCGUCCUGCAAACAGCAGAGGCUCAUCUCCCGGGUGUCGGACGGGCCGUGCUCUGCCGAUCCUGGUUCCGGUUCAGGAGACGGAGACGAUGACGAGGGCUCAGGCGCCGACGUCGGGAAGAAGUUCACCAAGUGCAACACGUGUAAAUACGGAGCCGAGUGCGACGAAGACUCCGAGGACGUCUGGUGCAUAUGUAACAUCGACUGCAGCGGCCACAACGAGAACCCGGUGUGCGCCACCGAUGGAAACUCCUACAACAACCCCUGUUUGGUGCGAGAGGCGUCGUGUAUGAAGCAGGAGCAGAUCGACGUCAAACACCUGGGCAGGUGCCCCGCUGAUAAGGAGAAAGCGGGGAAGAAAGACGACAGCACUCUUUUCAAAGGAAACGUUUUAGAAACCACGGGUCUGGACCACGGCGACGGUUUCUACGCCGGGAUGCCGAUCCCCUGCACCGACAACUACGCCAGUUUCUGUGUCCACGGGAAAUGUGAGAUCAAAUACAACAAGGCAAUCUGCAGGUGUGAUUCAGGCUACAAGGGUCCUCAGUGUGACGAGCCUCACGACUUCAACAUCCUCUACGUGGUUCCCAGCGGACAGAAGCUUCACUACGUCCUCAUCGCCGCCAUCAUCGGUGCCGUGCAGAUCGCCAUCAUCGUCGCCGUGGUGAUGUGCAUCACGAGGAAAUGUCCGAAGAACAACCGGGGCCGCCGGCAAAAACAGAACCUGGGACACUUUUCCUCGGACACAAACUCCCGGAUGGUAUAGCCGUGUUUGUGUUGGUCCUUUUUUACGAUAAGUUUUUAUCUUACAGCGUGGGAAGAAUACUAUUUUCUACCGGUCGUUGUGCGGUAUUCAGUUCCUUUUUUUUUUUCUCCUGGGAAGAAAAAAAAACCCCACAAUCACAAUAAGAAGAAGAAGAAGAAUAAAAAUGAGUAUUUAUUUCAGGGGCCUUAUUUUCCCUCCUGGUUAGCUUUUGGACGGAGAUGCUGCGGAUUUCUUGUGCAGGAUGGUGAUUUUAAAUUUUUUUUUUGCAAGAAGACCGAGAAGAAGAAGAGGAAGGAGCCGACUUUUUUAAAAAAAAACCUCCGUCACUUUACAUCGUUUCCACGUCUGCUGUCUUACCCCUAAAUUCCACCAGAUACGUGAUUGGUCUGUCUCCGCUCCACCCCAGAAAAGGAGCCGAUAGGUUUUUACUUUAGUGAAUGUGUGUGUGUGUGUGUGUGUGUUUCCACCGGCUCCGAUGCGUCUCAGCGCUGUCAGUGUGGCGCCCUCUGCAGCUGUACACAAGGCCGCCUGUGGGUGUUGACGGAGGAGGUUGCACGGAGCCGUAACGGAGACGCAAUGCGCACGUAUCUGGUCACUUUUACCUUCGACUGGUUUCCUUGAAUGCUUCAUAAACACGGUACCUUUGGUAAUCUAACAGCGUGACGUCCGCCCUUCUGGAAUGUGCUAUUUAUUGAGCAUUUCUACGCCCCCGUAGUUUUCCUUUUUUCUAAUGAUGUGCAGCUGAUCACCAAAUGCAGUUUGUUUCGUACGUGACGGGGGCCGGGACAGUGACGUAGAUUGUUUACAGUUAUUCUUUGAUAUGUAAAGACUUCACUGUGUUCAAACCAGCUAAUAAUUAACGACGAGAGCGAGUCCUUUAAAGUAGUUUUUACUAAAAAAGUUUUAUGUUUUUAAUGUUACUUUCUAAGUUCUAGUCUCUGUAUAUGCGCAUGACUUGUGAAAUCUGUGUCCUGUGGUGUAGUUUUGACCGUUUUUUUUUAAAGAAACGCCUCCUCCGUCUCCGAGCCGCAGAGAUCUGAUGGAGCCGGGAAAAAUCCACAAAAAGAAAAGUCGGACUGAUGAACGGCAGACAGCGAGAAGGAAGGUAUUAAACAAAAGGAAUGUGUUACGGAUGGUCUGCUGUGUUUAGCGGCAGCGGGACAGGAGAAGACAGAAACACUGGAAUAUGUUCUUCUGUAUCCACUUUUGCUUUUGCAUCUUCGAGAGAGAAAAAUCUGAACACUGAACGAUAUUUUUGACGUUAUUCGGCAAAGUCUUGGUCGCUCAGAUGGCUGGGAUCAAAGCUCGUCUUUGAAUGUGAAAAAAAAGUUUGUAUUUUUUUUCUUUUGUGCAUUUCAGUUUUGCAUUUUCUCCACAGCGAGAAGUUCCAAGCACACGGGAUUCGUAUGAAAAAAAUCCCUCUUAAAAUCCUUUUUGGCGAUAAUCAACACAUACCUGACAGUAAAGAUAUCCCACAGGCCGGGCGAAUGAGGUGCGACUUUAGGCUGUUUCUGACCCGAUAUGUCAGUCGCAUAAAUGAUUUUGGAUUUCAGCUUGAUUGCAGGUCAUUAUUAGAGUAUUCGAGGGCAGGAAGGCCGAUCAACAGUCAGAUUAAUUUCUGUCGUGUUAAAUUUUGGUUGAAUGACUGCACACACUCGCACAGUGAGAGCAGAGCCACCAAGCAAUUCCCCGACCUCGGGUUGUCCUGAUAGCAACCUUUUAGACAGCCUCUGAAAUCCCCCACGGCACCAGCAGGCAUGCCUGUUUGAUGUGUCUUCCCCCUCCUAUAAAGUUAGGAUAUGAACGAGAGAAACGUUGGCAGGAAAUAUCUGCAGACCGCCUGCUGACAGGGAAUAUUUGUUUAUGAUUUAGCUGCUAGUUAGUUAGCUCGUGUUUGUAUUCCAGCAGUUUUAAACCUAAAUCUUACGUCGUGUUUGAGGGUAUAAGCUGUUGAAACAAAGACUACUUAAUUGGUAUUUUAAUUGUGAAAGUGAAUAUCUGCUGAAACUAUUUUUAAUUUAGGCAAAAGCCUUUUCCCAGGUGUGAUGUUGACAAAUGUAAACAUCGCACAAAAAGUAAGGAAAUUUGUGUUUGGUAGAUUAUUUCUUUGUUGUAACAAUGCUUAUGGCAAUAAAUAUUAUACUGUUGGAAAGCCUGUUUAUUUCUCUUUUAAACGGUGCCACAUUCGCAAGGAACGUGCAUUUGUGGGAUGAGCAGCAGAGCUGAGUAUGUGGGUUGCGCACAUGAAAAACUUGCCAAUUAAACAGGCUAUCUAACGGUAUAAGAUUUAUUGCUGAGAAGCAUUAUUACAACAAAUAAAUAAUCUACCAAACACAAAUUUCCUUACUUUUUGUGCGAUGUUUAUAUAUAUUAGGGCUGUCAAACGAUUACAUUUUUAAUCGCGAUUAAUCGCCAAAAUUCAAUAACUUAUCGCAAUGUUUUAAUCGCAUGUCUUAAAUUCCAUUAUUUUGCAUUUCAAAAUAAAACUUAUUAGGUUUUAUUGUGAAUGUUUGUACUGUCUUAGUCUGAGAGUACUUUACUUACUGUGUGCUUUUAUUUUGAAAUGCAGUAAGGACCUUCCUGUAGCUGGAAGGUUAGGACAGGAAGUUAAGAAACAGAAACAGGAAGUGGUUAGGGAUCCCAAAGUGACAUCGAACAGCUCAAAGGAACGGUAACAAAGGUCAAUGUGUGAUGUCAUAAGGUCAAUGUGUGAUGUCAUAAGGUGGAUAUUACUUUGGACUCGUCAGCUGAGCUGUCUGAGAGUUUGUUAAAGUGAAAUGAGACAUUCAAAGAUGCAGCAGUGUCCUUCUUUUACAUCACUGAGACUACAGGGAGACACUGAGGACCACUAUCUACGGAGAGCCUGAAGGGACAAAAUAGCAUGAGAAUAAUCACGAUGAAAAAUUAGCAAUGUAUUAAUUUUAGACCUUAAUUAAUCAGGAUUUAUGACUUAAUGCUGACAGCCCUAAGUUAAACUUGUCAAAUGUGUUGAUAUGAAAUCUUUCAUCCGUGUUACAUGUUGUAAACAGGAAGCACCCAACAGAGACACCAGGAAACCAAAUGUGACACUACUGCAGAGACAGCGAGCAACACGCUGAGUGACAGCUUUUACAACCAGUGUAAGAUUUCAAAUCGGAUUCUUUACAUUUAGUAUUUCUUGUUGUUCACUCAGAAUUCAACAAUUCACACACAUUUGAACCUACAGCCUCGAUUCUCACCUUCACUCAGACUUUUUACAACCUGAGAGCUCAUGGGAAGAAUAUUUGUCUCAUGUCUGAUUUUUCUCCAUGUGACUUGAAUGCAGCAUCAGUGUAUCAGGCUGUGACUCCUGGGAUCAAACUGAAACAGUGUGAUAGAACAAAUAUUCAAAUCUGUUUUUACUGAUGUCGUGUGAAUCUGACAGAAGGUUCAGGGAAGUGUUUACACGUCUUCCUGCCGUGAAUGUCGCAGUAGCAGCUUCUCAACACAAGAGGGCGCCCUCCUCCUGAUAACUGCAACUCAGUUUGUGAAGAAGUGAAUCAUGGUUAAUGAAGUCAAACCACUGAAAGUUAUAAUGUAGUUAAUAGUCAUUAUUUUAAA